AUGGUGAAAGAAGGACCUUGCUACCAUUGUGGAAUUGAGGAGACUCCAUUAUGGAGAAAUGGGCCAGCGGAAAAACCAGUGUUGUGUAAUGCGUGUGGGUCAAGGUGGAGGACUAGACGCACCUUAAACGACUACAUUCCUAAGCAUGCCAUGAAAGAAUUGCAGGGCACUGAGACUGAUGAAGACUCGGAUUAUGACCCAGCCUCAGGCUCUUCGUCAACUAAACCCACCACACAUGAUCCAAAUCCAAGUCAGUUGCCUUUUGAAAACGCUCUCAAACGUAAAAGGACUAAUUUUGACCAGCAUGCUCUUACACCAGUUGAACAAUUUAGCAAGCAAUUGCUUGACAUUGCGCAUGAACAACCCGAAGUAUAUCUCAAGAAACCGAGGGAUGGAGAUGUACUUAUUGACCGAGCAGAUGUUGCUAAGUCCACAACACUCGAGACUGAUCUUGGUGCAGUCAUUCUAGUUCCUCAACAUGAAACUCCCUCCAAUUUCGAGUCUGUGGAAACUACGAAAACAAAAAUUUCAUCUGACGUGGUGGGUGAUGUGGCGGGUAGCAGUGGUGAUCAAGGAGAGCCGAAAUGA